GAACCCAUUAACCCUCCCCCUGCCCCUUCCCCAUUCUCCUUCGACGUACGAUCUCUUCUUCGCUCUCUUUCUCCCUCUGCAAGCGCGUGAUUCUCUCGCUAAGAUCGUAUCUGCCUGCAAAUGGCCAUCGCUGCGGAGACUCAGCCACCGGAGAAGGUUUCUUCGGAGGUUCCUGCAGCUGAGAAGCGGAGAUGGACCCUAAAUGACUUUGACAUUGGAAAGCCUCUUGGACGGGGAAAGUUUGGUCAUGUCUACUUGGCGAGAGAGAAGAGGAGCAAUCAUCUAGUAGCACUCAAGGUUCUCUUUAAAAACCAACUGCAACAGUCUCAGGUUGAGCACCAGCUUCGCCGGGAAGUUGAGAUACAGAGCCAUCUUCGCCAUCCCAAUAUUUUGCGGCUCUAUGGUUAUUUUUAUGAUCAGAAACGAGUCUACUUGAUCUUAGAAUAUGCAGCCAAAGGUGAACUAUACAAGGAACUCCAGAAGUGUAAAUACUUCAGUGAGAGACGUGCAGCAACUUAUGUUGCAUCUUUAGCUCGGGCUCUCAUAUACUGUCAUGGAAAGCAUGUCAUUCACAGAGAUAUUAAGCCAGAGAACUUGUUGAUCGGGGCUCAGGGUGAACUCAAGAUAGCCGACUUUGGGUGGUCGGUACAUACAUUUAAUCGCAGACGGACAAUGUGUGGCACACUGGAUUACCUUCCACCAGAAAUGGUGGAGAGUGUAGAGCACGAUGCAAACGUAGACAUUUGGAGCUUAGGAGUUCUUUGCUAUGAGUUCCUUUAUGGUGUCCCACCUUUUGAAGCAAAGGAACAUUCUGACACAUAUAGAAGGAUUCUGCAAGUGGAUCUGAAAUUCCCUCCAAAGCCGAUUGUAUCUUCAGCUGCAAAGGACCUCAUCAGUCAGAUGCUUGUCAAGGACUCUUCCCGACGCCUCCCAUUGCACAAGCUUCUUGAGCACCCGUGGAUUAUUCAAAAUGCCGAGCCUUCUGGAAUCUACAAGUUCUAAUUCCUUUCACUCAACCAGUGUAAUUACAAGGCUGCAGAUCAAUCACAUCCUUUUCAAGCAAACAUUUGAAGAGCUGGGAACCCGAGAGAAAUGAUAUGGGAAGAAAUGUACCUUAAGAUUACUUAGUGAAGUCUAUAUUGAUCUUUGCUAAGAAAAACAUUACUUUGGGAAUAUUAAACCCCGUCUGCAGUCAAUCAAACUCUGUAAACAUAUCAAUUGCUAUCAUAUUCCAUUCAUCAAUUCAUUUGAAUUGCGGUGAGUUGUAUAAGAGUAGUAAAAUUCGUAGCGGCAUCAGUAUUUGUCUCGACAUAUGUGAGUGCUGGAA